CUCCAAGAUGCCUUUAAGACCAGAAGACAUAAACCCGAAUGAUGUGUUCACACCAGAAUUUAUCACCCAUGCGUUUAAGGGUGGCAAUAUUCCAUGUAGGCUGAUGCACGAUCAUACUUGCGAGUAUGAUGCAAUUUUGAGAUUUAUCAAGAUCUUUAAAGCUGCAUUUAAGUUCUAUGCUCCUAUCCACUUGAUCCCAGUAAUUAUCUUCAAACUGAAGAGAAUUAAGAAACAACCAUGGAAAGUAAUCAAAGGAUAUCUCAAAAAUGUUUUUCAGAGCUGUAUGUUUUUGUCAGUGUACAUGACUAUUCUCAAGUACGGAAUGUGCAUUUUUAGGAAUCUUCUCGGCAACAGACCUCUCAGCAUCUUGCUAGCAGGGGUAAUCUCCUUCCCAGGUAUGUUCUUUGAAGCGCCAGGCAGGAGAACAGAGAUGAGCCUCUACUUCUUAUCUCCAUUCCUUGAGUCAGUAUGGAGAUGGCUGGACAAGAGGGGUUAUCCUGUGAAUAUCCCUAAUGGGGAGGUCUAUCUUUUCUGCACAUGUGUUGCUAUCAUCAUGUAUUGCUAUGAGAGACACCCUGAUACCAUCAAAUCAACAUACCGUUCUCUCCUGAGCAAAUUAUGGGGUGAUGAUUAAUUUCUAGAUAAUUUUAGCUGAAAUAUAACACCUCUAAAUUAUUUUAUCCCUGUUCUUGUUAACAUGACUACCAAAUGCGUCAUUGGUUCAAUAUA